AUGACCGCCGAAGCGAGCGCCCACUUUGCCGUCGAGCUGCUGAAGCUGAACAACAACGAGAAGUCAUUCGUCUUCUCGCCCUACUCUCUCGCCACCGCCCUAGCCAUCGUUCACGCUGGCGCUGGCGGACACACGCGCCAGGAGAUGGCCAAUGUUUUGUUGAAAGGCUGCAACGACGAAGAAGUCGCCAAGCACUACAGCGGCCUCUUCCACGUCCUCGGCAGCGCCAACCCGGCUGAUAUUACCAUCGAGGUGGCAAACAAGUUCUUCGUGGACAACAAGGCCGAGCUGAAGAAGGCCUACCACGACAAGGUCGCCAAGCUCUACGCCGCGUCGGCCGAGAACCACAAUUUCGAGGACGGCGAAGGGGCGGCAAAGAUUGUCAACAACUACUGCGAGGAGAAGACGCACGGCAAGAUCAAGGACGUCGUCUCAGCCGACAUGUUCAGAGAUGCCAUCGCCGUCUUGAUUAAUGCUGUUUAUUUUAAGGGAAUGUGGGCGUCUCCAUUCAGCAAAGACGCGACGCGUGAGGACGAUUUUCACGGGGUUAAUGGGGUCCGAAAGGAGCACUUCAUGUACAGGGGCGAGCUCCGCGUCGGCCUCAACUUUUCCGACCCAAACGUGCAGGUGUGCGCGCUGCCGUACAAGGACGGCGCCUACAAGAUGUGGUUCUUCUUGCCGAAAGAGGGCCUCCCGCUGAAGGACUGGCUGAACGGGCUGACCGGCGAGAAACUGAUCGACCUGAUGAAGAACGCCACCAGCGAUAAGUGCAAUGUGAUGCUGCCUCGCUUCAAAAUCGAGUCCACCAUGCCGGCCAAGGAAAAUCUUGAAGCAAUCGGACUGAACGAGGUCUUCACCAACGAUGCCAACCUCUGCGAGAUCUGCGAAAUCCCCCUGAAAGUCAGCGACGUCAUCCACAAGGCCAUGAUCGAGGUGAACGAAGAGGGCGCUGAAGCGGCGGCCGUCACCGGGCUGGUGAUGCGGAAGUGUCUCUCUGCAUCGCUGCGACCACCCAACCAAUUCUUCGCCACGCGUCCGUUUUCUUAUGCGAUUUCCUAUGGAAACGAUGUGCUCUUCUAUGGUGUCAAGCAU